CAUCAUAAGAGUUUGUCACGUUAAGCAGCAAAUUAAGAAAAUCCUAGUUCAGAAUCAUACUCAGAUAGAGAAGAUGGAAAAAUUAGUUUUCAGUGGUCUAAUACUACUUGUGGUGUUGUUCACCAUAGAACUUAGAGUAGCAUCCGCAGGUUGGUUGAAAGCUCAUGCAACUUUCUAUGGUGGAAGUGAUGCCUCAGGAACAAUGGGUGGUGCAUGUGGCUAUGGAAAUCUCAACACAGAUGGUUAUGGAAUAAAAACUGCUGCUUUGAGUACUGCUUUGUUUAAUGAUGGCAAAUCAUGUGGUGGUUGCUAUCAGAUAGUUUGUGACGCAAGCCAAGUGCCCCAAUGGUGCCUAAGUGGCACUUCCAUUACGAUCACUGCUACAAAUUUCUGCCCUCCAAACUUUGCACUACCUAGUGACAAUGGGGGUUGGUGUAAUCCUCCAAGACCACACUUUGACAUGUCUCAACCUGCCUUUGAGAUGAUCGCCAAAUACAAGGCUGGAAUUGUCCCAAUUUUAUACAGAAAAGUUGGGUGCAAAAGAAGUGGAGGCAUCAGAUUUACCAUCAAUGGGAAGGACUUUUUCGAACUGGUGCUUAUAAGCAACGUAGGAGGAGCAGGGGAUAUUUCUCUAGUUUGGAUCAAAGGGUCAAAAAUGAGUAACUGGGAAUCUAUGUCAAGGAAUUGGGGUGCUAACUGGCAAAGCUUAAGCUACCUCAACGGCCAGAGCUUGUCCUUCAGAAUCCAACUCAGCAAUGGAAAGACUCUCACAGCUUUUGAUGUGGCACCGUCCAAUUGGAGAUUUGGCCAGUCUUUCAUCAGCAAGGCUCAGUCAUGAAUGGAAGAAUACAUACAAAUUUUACGAACCAUUCUUCCACUUCGUCUAUUUUAUAAUUAUAUCUUGUUUCUGAUUUGUUUAAGGAAUGUAUGUUAAACUUGUAUGCUUUCCAAGGGACUGUGGCUCCAAAAUUUUAGCAUUUGGCGAUGAAGCCCACCAAAUAUGUAAGUUCGAACAAGUGGAUCUAGUUACGCACUUAUUUCCAGUGUUUGGACAAAGGAAAAAAG